ACACCUCAGUUCUUUUGGUUUUUGGGUCAUGUCUCUACAAUCCUCAAUACAUUAUCUACUGUAUUUUUUUCAUUCUUUUCUCAAAGUUCAUACAAAAGAUAUUACAAUUGGGCUUUAAUUUCCAUCAUCUCAACUUAUUUAGUUGUUUUAUUCCAAAUCUUCAAAUCAUCAAAGACUAUCAACUUCUUCAAUUUCAAAACAUUCAUUUAUAAUGACAACUUCCAAUAUUUGUCAUUAGCCAUUACUUGGUAUUUGGUUUCUAAUGUUAAAAUUAUUAGUGGUGGUUUGUAUCCUUUUUUCAUCUUUUCAUCUUUCCAUGCAUUGAAUUAUUUCAAAAACUUCAUCCUACCAAUCUUACCAAGUGUUUCAUCGCCAGUUAAAGAUCACUACUCAAAGAUUAUCAACACUUUGAUCACCACCUAUAAUGAACAAUCAUUAGUAGCUGCUUCAAAUUUGGAAAUUUUCAUUUUGGUUCAAUUAUCAUUAUCAUCUCCAUUGAUUAUUUUCCAAAUCUUUAGAAAUUUCAAAUUAGCAUUUGUUAAUAUCUUUGUCUUGUUACAAUAUGUCACAUUCAUCAAAUUAAGAUAUAAACAAUCUAAACACACAAAGUUAUUAUUUGAUGGAACUUUAUAUAAAGUUGAAGCUGUUAUCAACUCAGGCAGAAUCCCUCCAGUCUUGGCUAACUAUUAUCAUCAAUUGAAAUCUAAAGCUACCCAUUUCAUUGGUUUAAUUCCAGUCUGA